AUGUGGUUGGAGGACGUGAGGGGGAGGGAACGCGGGGAGCUGCGCGCCCGGCGGUUCGAGGCCAGCGCCCGGGCGCGCCGCGCGGCCUCGCUCGCGCUCUCCAACCGCAAGGAGUUCGCCACCCCGCACCACGGCGCCGUCAACUCGCUCCAGGUUGAUUUGACAGAGGGGAGGUACCUGCUCUCCGGGGCAUCGGAUGGGUCGGCCGCUGUGUUCGAUGUGUGGAACGCGACGGAAUACGAAGCCGGGUUCAUAGCGAAGCACAGGAACAUACUGCUUGUGGACAAGCAACACCAGAAUGGCCACAGGUUCGCCGUCUCGGCGGCCGUUUGGUAUCCUGUGGAUACUGGGUUGUUUGUCACAGCAUCCUUUGACCAGUAUGUCAAAGUUUGGGAUACCAAUUCGACUCAAGUCGUCAUGGAAUUUAAGAUGCCUGGAAAAGUGUACACUGCAGCCAUGUCUCCAGUCGCAACAACGCACAUGCUCAUCGCUACUGGGACCGCAGAUGUUCAGGUCCGUCUGUGUGACAUUGCUUCUGGAGCCUUUACCCACACGUUGUCAGGUCAUCGUGAUGGUAUCAUGUCUUUGGAGUGGUCUGCCUCAAGUGAGUGGAUUUUGAUGAGUGGUGGCUGUGAUGGGGCAAUACGUUUUUGGGACAUUAGACGAGCUGGAUGCUUUCGGGUUCUGGAUCAAUCACGGUCUCAACUUGGAAAGAGGCCUCCUCUUGUUAAAAGUGCUGUAGAGAAUGAUCACACAGAUUCCUUAGGACCUUCACCUUCCACAAGGAGCUCAGCUCAGAAAAGGGCAGGCAUUUCUAAGAAGAGCUCACCGGCUUUGCGCAAAAUUCAAAACCUAACACAUGGACAGAUGCAACAGAGAUUGCAUCCCGGUUUGUCAUCCAGUCAAAACCGUGCUACAGCUCAUUAUGGUGCUGUUACUGGAUUACGAACUACUACAGAUGGGAUGUACCUUCUUAGCUCAGGAUCUGAUUCUCGUUUAAGACUCUGGGAUAUCGAUUCAGGCUGCAAUACUCUGGUCAAUUUUGAAGCUAUGCGAUUGCAGACAGGCAAGCCAUUACAAUUAGCUGUCACUGAGGAUCCUUCACUUGUAUUUGUUCCAUGUAUGGCAAGCAUCAAGGCAUAUAAUUUAUGGUCUGGUACAACAUUUCGAACAUUCCGAGGGCACUAUGAACUUGUGAAUUGCUGCUACUAUAGUGAACAGGACCAAGAACUUUAUACUGGCGGCAACGACAGGCAAAUUCUUGUGUGGUCUCCAUCAACUCCAGCUUUUACUGAGAUGGAAGAUGAUGACAAGACCCUUUCAGGAGCUGACGAGGAUAACUGGAGCGACUAA